AUGGAUCACGAACCUAAAAAGUGUAAAUUAUGCCUUUCCAAGUAUAUGUGGAUUGUCUUAAUCUUAGUUCCAACUAUCAUUCGAUUAGUAUUCCCAAUUAAAUAUUCAUCACUUCCAAUUCAAGGAUUAGAUCGUCAAAUUCCAUUCGACAACAACUCUGAUCCAAACUACUUUGCAGUAAUGACAGAUGUCCAUGUAUGGUAUGAUCAGCGCGACAGACAUUACGAAGAAGGCUUAGAAAUGGCAAGAAAAUUGAAAUCAAAAUAUGUUGUGAUCGCUGGUGAUCUUGUAAACAACUGGAAACCAGGUAAGAAGCAAGUAUCAUCUCGUAAUUAUCAAGAACACGAAAUGUAUCAUAAUAUUACAAGGAAUGCCUCACAGUAUUUCACAACUAUCCUUGAUAUUUCAGGUAAUCAUGACAUGUGGGAUAUAAGUUCAUUCGAUUCUGCCGAAAAUGACUUCCCUCAAUACUCAAAUUACUAUUCCAAGAUAAAGAACCUUACUUUUGAUGAGUUUGCAUGUUCCAUUGUAUACAUUGAUGACAAUGCUUUCAUACUACUUAAUCCAAUGCGAUUCCCUCUACCAAGAUCUGUUUAUGAUUUCUAUACUCACCUUGAUAAGCAUUUUCUUGACAUGUUCGAGAAGGCAGUCCAUGAUGCUUCAAAUGCUACCCAUAUUUAUGCCCUCCUCCACUUCCCAGUUUGCUUCCUUAUUGAAUCUUCAAAAUCUUCUUCCGGAAAGUCAUUUAUUCAGAUUCUUUCUGAAUCAAGAGUCACAUUUUUGAUUACAGGACACACACAUCCACCUAAAACAUCACCAAUUCAUCACAAAAACGCUACAGAAAUUAUUGCUUGCGAUAUUACGACCCAUGCUGUCGUUGGCAUCAUUACUGAAGACAAUGGAAACUCUGUAUACCAUACGUUCAAUACCAAAGACGAAGUAAAGGCUUUAGUCGUUAAUCCGCCACCUUAUGAUCAAAUUGGCGGCCAAUCGUACUUUAACGACAACCAGACCAACGUAAAGGUUCUUGCAUUCACGAACGAUUCAAAUACAGAGAUUUUGGUCGAUGGAAUCAAGAUGAAAUUCAAUCAUUUUGUCAAAGACGGUUUGGCGGUUUAUACGGCCAUGCUUCCGGCCAAACAAGGCAAAUAUAGUUUACAUUUCACAGGAUUCUUCGAAAAAGAGUUAGAAUGCUUUAACGGCAAAGUUGUUGGAUCUAGGAAGGAAAAUCCAGGAAUUAUCCACUCUAUGUUUGUUCUUGGCUACAUAUUACUUGGAUUCUUCUCAUCGAUCAUGGUUUUCGUUCUAUUUCCCUUUGAUUUGUCAAAUCAAAUUUCAAUUCUCGGCAAACUUCGCAAGAGGAUUGAAAUAUGGCUCAUUUCAUCAACAUAUUGUUCCUUUGAUACCCUCAUUUUCACCAUCUUUGGCUUUGUUGUCCUUAGAACGAGGUUAUUGUUAAAUCCUCUAUGGCUUCGCUUAGUUUUGUUCUUUGUUCUUAUCAUAAUGAUUUUUGUUCCAUUCGGAUUCACCAAGUUCGAUGGCAAACAAGGCUUUGUUUCCAUGUUUGGGUAUUUCUCAUCUGGAAAGUUGAUGGUUGAACCAUCUGGUGCCAUUUUAUUUGAUUCAUACAUGAUACUCAUUGUGUUCGCCAACAUAUUCCUCUCAGCAAUGGUUAAUGAUUACACUAAAUUUUCGUUAUUAACUGUUGUUGACUUGUCAGUUAUCAUUAUCCAGUUUGUUGGCAACUGCAUGCUUAUUAAUGUAUUUAUCACACAACUUGUUGGUGUUGCUAAGGCAUGGACAAGCAUAACGUGGAUGUUUACUCCUGGAAUUCUGUUUUCUCUGAUUUUAGUCAACAGAAUAAUAAACAGAAAGAAGAGAGUGCAGGAUUCUUUGACCGCUGAUAAUUUGAAUCCUUCUACAAGUGACUCAAACCAAACUCCUUAUAUUUAA